CAGGUAAUCAUACAAAAGACUACCACAAUGUACCGUAUUGCUCUGCUUUCCCUCGUGGUUUCAGUCUCCGCCCGCAUUAUCAGCGACUCGUGCCCGAAGGUCAAUAACGUUGAAGACUUCAAUUUUGACGCUUACGGUGAUGGUGUUUGGUUCGAAGUCGCGAGGUAUCCAGAUGCAGUUGUGAAGGACGGCAAGUGUGGUAUCCUUAAAUACAAACAGGAUGGUGAUGUCAAAAAAAUCGAAUACACUUUCGUUAGCAACAAAAAACUUACGACUAUCGAAGGUAAUGCCACGCUUGCAAAAGACGCUGGAACUACCGGAAAACUGAUCCAUAGCCUGCCUUACGGAGCUAACGGCACUGUUAUUGACAGUGAACUGAACAUUCUGGCAAUUGACUACGACAACUUCUUCAUCUGCUAUUAUUGUCAAUUCGAUGAAGCUCAGAAAGGCUACCGAGAAUCCGCUUGGGUACUCUCGAGAUCUAAGACCUUAUCUGAAGAAGCCAAGGCUGUCGUCGACAAAUAUGUGAAGGAAUCCAAGUUUCUGAAUGAUAGCAAAUUUGUGUGGCUUCCAGUCAACGAUGAGGACUGCUGGGUCGACGCUUAAAUAAUGACAAAAUGUUUUUAUUAUUCAUUAAUAAAUUCAUAUUCUU